GUCGUUUUAGACUAAUUCAGACUUAACUCUGAUCGCGACCAUUAUUCAAUCUUCUGCGUUUCUUGGUUCGCCAAAGAGACUAAUAACUUUGAUCGCGACCAUUAUUCAAUUUUAUGCGUUUCUUGGUUCGCCAAAAAGGCAUAAAAUCAUGUAUGUAAAAGUUUUCAUCGUCACCUUGUUAACAUGGACCACUUUUUCUACAGCCAGUAAAAUGGGAGAGUUAACGCCAGUGCGGGAAGCGGACAACAGCGCCAAUGCGGAAAGAGAAAGUGCAGAUACCGUCAUGGAUGGAAUCAUGCUAAACCAAGAGGAUGCCAAAUCCUUUAAGACAGUUCGGCGCGGAUUAAACCACGAGUGCUAUCACGAAUGUUGUUCCUGGGAGGAAGUUCGUGAACACUACGAGCACGAUAUACCUGCUGCAAAAAAAUAUUAUGAGAACUAUCAUGAAUGGCUGAAACAUAACACUUGUAGCGGGUCCAGCGGGUGGUAGAUCAAGAAACAACCAACCAUGGACAAUGGAAAAGAAUGACUGGAACGAGGACAAUUGUUUUAAUUAAGGACCAUCCCAUUUUUAUUGAAUUAAAAUUAGCGUAGCACGAUUAUAAUGAUUCACAUUUCAUUAAUAUAAUGCUCUAAUAUGCAUGUAAAAUGAUCAAACUAGUUUCGUAAACU